AUGAUAGUGAAAGCAUUGAUAAUAGUGCAAAGAAAGUGGAAGAUGUCAGUAGAAAUAAAAGUAAAAUAUCCAAUGAAGAUCCAAAGCUUGAUAUACUAGGCAAUAAGAUAAAUUUAUCCAAAUAUUUCUGGGACAAUGUAGGCCAUGAUGAUUCUGUAAAAAAGGUAGAAAGUGUAAAGAAAAAGAUAGUUAAUAUAGUGAAUACUUUUAGAGACAAAGAAGAUAAAAUGAAUAUGAGUGAACCAAAAAUGGAGAACUUACCUGAAAGUCCUGAUGAGAAAAAGAUCGAAAAUAAUAAA